AAGUUGGUUUGGUCCUACGUCAACUAACGUCUAUAGAUUCAAUUAUUUCAAUGGUACCCACAAACCGUGUGGUCCUGAGUUGGUCGUCGGACAUCAUCUCUCGUCUUUGCUUGGAGCAGUACUUUUUUAGUUUUCCAACUUGGUAGGAAAUUUCGUUUUGGAAAAAGUGAAAUGAAAGAUAAGUAAUGGAUUCAGUACUUUGCAACUCAAGCUGUUGAAUGUCGCUCAUCUCUGCCUGCAAAAAAUAGUCCAACUAUUCAACCAAAGCAUUUUACCUUCAUCUGUUAAAGAGUUUCCCUUGAAGAUGGCUGAAGCUGCACUCAGUUGUGUUAGUGUGAUCUUGAAUAAGAUACUUCCACUUGCUGCCAACGAGAUCAGUCGGGCAUGGGGUGUAAAGAAAGACCUUCAGAAGCUCUCCAAGAAAGUAGAGAUGAUGGAAGCUUUGAUUUCUGAUGCUAAAUGCAAGCAAUCAACAAGCAAAGCCGUGCAGCUGUGGCUCAAAAGGCUCCAGUCCAUAGCACGUGAUGCUGAGAUCGUGUUGGAUGACUUUGGAUAUGAAGUUCUGCGGCACAAGGUUGAGAAACGGAAGCGCGACAAGGUACGCAACUUCUUUUCUUCCUCAAAUCCUAUUUCCUUUCGUCUAGAGAUGGCUAACAAGAUCAAGAAUGUUAGCGCAUCUCUAGAGGAAGCUUACAGGGAAGCAAAUAAGAUAGGGCUUCAUCCAGUUCAGCUAACCAUGGCAUCUGCUGAUCACAAAGAGGAUCGGUUGACUGUUCCUUUUGUGGACGAGUCAGAAAUGGUGGGACGGGAAGUUGAGGUAUCUCGAGUUGUAAGCAUGCUAAUUAGCUCAGACUAUAAGAAGGAUUUACCUGUCAUCUCAAUAGUUGGGAUGGGUGGCCAGGGUAAAACAACCCUGGCACAGAUGGUGCUAAAAAAUGACAGUGUAGCAAAGCAUUUUGAUAAAAAAAUAUGGGUUUGUGUGUCUGACGAUUUCAGAGUGGAAAGGCUGUUGAAUGAGAUGCUACAAUCCCUCGAGGGAAAAAGUGCUGAGAAGACAAACAAGGAAACAUUGGUGAGGAAGCUUCAAGAGAAUUUGAAAGGAAUAAGUUACUUGCUUGUGCUUGAUGAUAAUUGGAAUGAGAAUCGAGAGAAAUGGGAUGGCAUGAGGAUAUGUUUGUUGGCAAUUGGGGGUGCUCCAGGAAGCAAAAUAUUGGCUACCACACGUAGCGAUGAGGUAGCCUCAGCAAUGCAAACAUCUGGUUUGCAUCAUCUAGACAUCCUCUCAGAUGAUCAUAGCUGGAUGUUGUUUGAAAAACUAGCUUUUGCAGACAGUGGUGCAACAAAGACUCAAGAUUUGGUGGACAUUGGCAGAAGGAUACUGAAAAAGUGCGGCGGCGUGCCAUUAGCGAUCAAAGUGAUUGGGGGUUUGUUGUAUUCCAAAAAGGAUGCCUCGGAAUGGUUGACGAUCGAGAAGAGUGAAAUAUGGAACAAGUCGACCAAUAUUGCAAAUGGAGUCAUUUCUGUCUUGAAACUGAGUUACGAGAACUUACCUUCAUGGUCAGUGAAACAAUGCUUUGCAAGUUGUUCCAUCUUCCCGACGGACACUGACAUGGAAAAAGAAAGCUUGAUACAGAUUUGGAUGGCCCAGGGAUUGAUUAAUGAUGCCAAGGGAGGAGGAGGUCAUAUGCAAAUGGAGGAUAUAGGCAGUGACUAUUUCAACAUAUUGCUUCGGAGUUCUUUGUUGCAAGCUAGUUCUUGGAAUUCCAUUUACGGAAUCAAGCGCUGCCGGAUGCACGACCUUGUGCAUGAUCUUUCACUGCAAGUGUCAAAUAAUCGUUUCUUCGAUACAGAGGAUGGCAUGGAAGUCAGUCAUCAUGAUGAAGUUAUGCAUUUGACCAUCAUUGGGAGUCAAGGGAAGGUGUUAAAGAAUAUCGAAGGGAUUCCUCUAAAUUUGCAAACGCUUUAUUAUCGUGGGGGUGAUGGUAGUACGCUCGAAGACAUCUUGGAAAGGUCUAGAUACCUUUGUGUGUUAAAAGUAGACUGCUGGGAUGUUACUCAUCUCCCGAAUGCAGUAGGUAAUAUGAAACAUUUAAGACAUCUUGAUAUUCGUCUAACUGAAAUCACCGCUCUACCAGAUUCCGUCACAAAGCUCUACAAUUUGAUGACCUUGAAAGUGUAUUACUUGACAGAGAUACCUAAGAAGUUUAGCAAUUUAGUUAACUUAAGGCAUCUCGAGUUUUCCGAGCUUAGUUUGGAUGGGUCCAUAUGUUUGUUCCCUGGAAUCGGACAGCUGGCUAAUCUUCGAACGUUGCCCUACUUCAGGGUAAGCCAAGACAAGGGAUGUCAACUUGAGGAGUUGGAACACUUGCGCAACCUCGGAGGUGAGCUGAGAAUAGUUGGACUUGAGAAUGUGAGCGGCUUUGAAUCAGCAGCAAAAGCAAAGUUGUCCAAAAAAUCAAGCAUUCGAGGUUUAAGACUUUCAUGGGGCGAUACAAAUGAAGAUUGUGAUGACAACAAUAUCGACAGUGUCAUGGAAGGUCUCCAACCUCACCCAGACUUGAAAAGUUUAGCCAUUAAUGGUUUCAAAGGUUCAAGGUUUCCGUCGUGGAUGGUGGCAAAGGAUCACUUGAUGGUACUCCUUCGGAAUCUGGUAUACAUCGAGUUGAGAGGAUUGGGUAAGUAUGAACAAGUACCACCACUAGGGGACUUGCCUUGUCUCGAGUCCUUAUGGAUGGAGUCCUUACACAAUGUGAAGCGCAUUGGGGCUGAAUUCUAUGGUCUCGAUAUUAAUGCAAGGAGCAGCGCUUCUUGUAGCAGCAGUAGCAAAGAGGCGAAACCAAUCACUCUGUUUCCUAAACUGUCGCGUUUUGUUUUGGAGAAUAUGGGAAGUCUGGAGGAGUGGUCAGAUGCAAUGGUUCCCUCGGAUUCUUCUUCAUCAAUUAAGGUAUUCCCUAAUCUCCGGUACUUGAGAAUCGAAGGGCUCCCCAAGUUGGCUGUUUUACCAGAUAUGGAGAACUUGACGUCUCUCAAGGAGUUACAGAUACGGAGAUGCGAAAGUUUGGCUUGUAUAAGGAAUUUGAAUAGCCUUACAUCUCUCGAAUCCUUAUAUUUAGAUGACUGCCCUGGUCUUUGAAUCCUUAUGCUUGGAGAGCUUGACAUCUCUUGCGGAGUUAAGGAUAUCGGAAUGCGGAAGUUUGGCUUGUAUAAGGAAUUUGAAUAGCCUUACAUCUCUCGAAUCCUUAUAUUUAGAUGACUGCCCUGCUCUUGAAUCCUUAUGCUUGGAGAGCUUGACAUCUCUUGCAGAGUUAAGGAUAUCGGAAUGCGGAAGUUUGGCUUGCCUAAGUAAUUUGAAUAGCCUUACAUCUCUCGAAUCCUUAAUCUUAAGUGAUUGCUCUGCUUUAUUAGAUGCUUCUCUAGAUAUGAAAAACCCCCAAUCCCUGCGUACUCUAAGCAUCUCAGGAUGUGAUAAGUUGAAUCCUUCGUUGAGUAAUAAUCUUGAGAAGUUCACAUCGCUCGAGCAUUUGACGAUCGUUUCUGAUGACCCUGGUUGUUGGCCAAUUAUGGUUCUCCACCAUCUGGCCAACCUCAGAUCGUUGGGACUCGGUGGCUUCUCUGACGACCUUGAUCAUUUCCCGUGGCCACACUCCACCACCAAUCUCGUCUCUCUGGAGCGUCUUGAAUUGCGUGGAUGGCCAAAAAUCACGUCUCUCCCAUACCAAAUUCAGCAUCUCUCUACCUUGAGGACGUUAGAGAUAGGGGAGUUUGAGGGGUUGGAAGUACUUCCAGAGUGGAUGGGUAGCCUUCGGAAUCUUCGAGAAUUGUGGAUUGUUGAUUGCUCUAACCUCAGACAAUUGCCCUCUGCAGAAGCAACACGACACCUCACCAAUUUAAAUAAACUGUAUAUCGACACCUGUCCUCUUUUAGCAGAGAGAUGCACCAAAGGAAGUGGCGCAGAGUGGCCCAAGAUUGCACAUAUUCCCCAAUUUUAUAUCUAUCCUUAGGGAAACAAAGCCCCACCACUGGUCAGAAUCAAGGCAUCGUCUUCGGCGUUGUGAACAGAAAAUGCUCAUCCGUCCGUCACGCAAAAAAAACAGAAGAGCAGUUUUCUCAAACUGCCUUAUUAUUGAUACCAGUAUAGGCAUUUUUCCCUUGAGCCAAAGGUAGCAGCUUGGCCCCAGUGUUGCAACUGCAUUUGAUCCUAAACAGCUUAUCUACUCGUCACUCAUUCUCGACUCCAGGGAUUCUUUAGCAGAAGCGGUUGCUCAAAAUUACAAACAAGGUUGUAGCUAGAAAUACUUUUGUUCUCUGUUAUGUAAUCAAACUUCGUGGCAUUUUCGGGCCAAUAAAAUCUAACAGCUCUGACCUGCACCUUUAUGAACGACUCAUAAUUUAGCUGCGGUCACUUUUAAUAGCUUGAUUUUGGUUGUGGCAUUUAAUAAUGGCUUGCUAAGCUAAUUCUUACACGUACUACUAUUUUCCUUUUUUCCUGAUUCAGCAAAUGACUGCCUAUCUAUUUCUUGAGCUCAUGUCUGUUAUGCUGCAGGGACAGCAACCAAAGUAUUUCCGUGACCUGAGACCACAUUCAAAUGUUUGGGGGAUUUUGAUGAAUCCUGUAUGUUGAACAACAGCAUAUAAUUUGGGAUUGUUUGUUGACUCAGUACCUCUUAGUGUAUAUCUUUAUUGCUGUUUCUCAAUGUCCAACUCUAUUGUAAAGUGAAACUUUAAUUUUCAUUAAGAUACAGUGCAUUUGGGUCCUUGAGCUUAUCAAAUAAAUAUGAAUGCCAGCCAAACUAGCAAAG